UGCUGAAACAAUAUUUGAUCUUGGGCAUGAAACAUGAGGAACACACUAGUGAUUUUCUGCUUCAUAUAUGGAGAAUUUACUUUGUUGAGCAUGACGUAUACAGAUAUUUGUUCUGUUUGUGUGACCAAUGACGAUGAUUAUUACCAUGGUGAUGAUGAUUAUAGUGGUGACUAUACAUGUGAAACGUGUGACAAAAUACACAGAGUGAAAGAUCGGUUUUGUCGUAGAUGGUGUACUACACCUUCUUGUCCCGAUCCAUCUACAAACAUUGCUACUACGUCAGAGCACUCCGUGGGAUCUAUCGUGGGAGCGGGUAUAGGAGGAGCUGUAUUCGGAGCUGCUGUUACUGUCUUGGUUUUCGUUUGUGGUUGUCAGAGAAAAGAGCGAUUACAGAAGAGACAGGCGCUGUCACAAGCUGUGGAAAAUCCCACCUACCACACUAAGGAUGGUAAGGAGAAACAAUUAAUUCAAGAUAAGGGCGACAGGAAAAGCGCAGUGUAUAACGAAAUCAUCGACGAAAUGCCAACGCAUUCACAGGACACAUUCACACAAAAACAAGGGAGAGCACUUGAACCUGGUGUGUACGAUCUGUUGAAAGAAACUGAUAUUUCAGACAGGAGCGAAUACUAUGACCAUCCAAAACCAGUUCCUUCUCAAACCACACAGUCUGAUGGAUACGAAAGUGUACAGAUAGGAAUCGGAGGUAUCUCUGAUCACCAAGGAGAAAAUACUGAGGGAAAAAGACAACCGCUGGGCAGUGAUGAAUACUUCGUCCUAGAGGAGAAGGGAACGUAAUAGCUGAUACCUUCUAUCGCCGUCUCCGUGGAAUAUCAGCAGAUGUUUAAUUCAUAAUACAUAUUAUAUUGACAAAUGAUGCAUCAAACAUUUUGAAAAAAAAUGGUUGAUCAAGAUAUAAGACCCACAGUAGAUGUGAGCCGUCAACGAGGAAUGCUAACUCCUCCUAUCCACCUAAUCCCACCUCUGGUGUGUCCAGGGGUCCUUGUUUGUACUUCUCUUAAUUUUGUAUUCUUAAUUUGUGAGAUUGACCACUGUUCGUCAUCUUCACGUUUUCAUAAAACAUAUUGAGAUAUCGACUAUAAUUAUUAGUAAUAGACUUGCAUAAACUGUAUCUACGUAUAAUCUAUGUCUGAACAUUGUUAAAAAGUACAUCUGAUCCAAGUACAUGUAUCUUAUACUGAUAAACAAAUGUUGCCUAUACACUCCAAAAACGCUUGCUCCAAAGUUACUGUUUACACCCUUAGUAUUGUUUCAUGUGUGAGGUGAAUUCCAUGAGUUAUAAAGGAAUCUUAUUUGAUAAGUAUGUAUCGUAAAAUCAUUUUCGUUUUCGAUAAACUACCCUGAAAUAGCAAAAUGAGAGUACAGUAUCGGACAUGCUAUGGCGGAUCUAAGUCAGUUUCCCUCUUUCUUCAUGGCAACUUAAGAUACUAUGAUAUGAAGUAGAUCCGUUGUUUAUAGAUGCUUGAUUUUGAUCUUACACAGGGAAGAAGUUUUGAUAAUUGUUGAAUUAAUAAAAUAUGCCUGUUCGUUUCUUCAAUACGUGAUUUCAGUCUUGAAUCAGCCUCAUGAAAAUAUCCAGAAGCGCCCAGAAAGAGGCAACCUUUCAGACAAUUUUGCAUUUCCAUACGUGUAUAGUGAUUUAUAUCAGAGGUGAUUUCCUAUGCAAAAUCAACUGAAUAUAACUUUAUUUCAUUGACAUUAAGUGCUACAGUUUACAAUAUAAAAUCGACAGUAAUGAAAAUGAACAUCAAAAGAGAGAGAGAGAGAGAGAGAGAGAGAGAGAGAGAGAGAGAGAGAGAGAGAGGGGGAGAGAGAGAUAGAGAGAGAUGUGGUCAACAACAAGUAAUCGAUCAUAAGAUUUUCUCUUUUUUAAUUUAUUUUGUCCACUUUCUUUAAAUAUUUGUUUUAAAAAAUAUACUGUUGAAGUUUCUCGUCACACAUGUUUAGUCUUUGAUCGAUGACUGCGCAAGCCAAUUAUCAUCAUGUCAUUUUGCCUUGUGACGCAGUGAUCCAAAAAUGUACAUUAGGUCCCAUAGAUUAUGCUGCAUGCUCGUAUUAAUACAAACUUUUUGAUCCUGAUUUUAAAUGACAAUAGAUGUAUCAUAACUUUCAACAAUGUAAGACUAAUGAUCAAUAUUUAUGCAAGACAUUUGAAAAAGAAAUGUGAGUGAUUUUCUUUAAAUUUUCAUAUCAUAUCAUUUGCAAGUGUUGAAGUUUACACGGAUAAAUCUUUAAAUGAUAUAUUUCAUAAGUAACAUGAUACAUAAACUACAUCCACAUAUAUAAUUAUGCAAGCCACUAUAUAUUAUUGUGUAACGGUACUGCUUCCACUCAAUUGACAUGUGCAAUCUAGAUUGUUCUAGAUCUCGAUAUUAACUUCUUUAAUAGAAAGUUGACGUAAUAAUUGCAUCAUUAUCUUUCAAGAUUGUAUUAGAAAAUUCAUUCUUUGUAUAAAUGCGCUGUGAAUUUUUAUGAUGAAAAACUCUGGUUAGACAAGUACUUUGGGCAUUUUUGGAUUAUUUCGAUAAGUGGGAACUAACUAUUUUGUGAGUGUAAAUUGAAUUCGACACGGAUUUUGAUGUCUAUUGUUCAACUUCCGCAAGUAUUUCACAAUUUUCUUUCAAUCAUUAAUUGUAAAUAAAUCUAAUUAAUUGUU